CCACUCACUUUUUCUUCGAUUCACACCAACAAUGGCGUCUAGUUUCUUCACUAAAAUCCCUUCACUCUCUGUAAUCUUCUCGAUCUACACAUCUCUCUCUGCCUUCACGAUCCUCUUCAGAACCAUUCUCCAUGAGAUCCUUCCAGCCAAGAUCCGUGACUUCAUCGUCUCCAAGUUCACAGACUGCUUCUCUUCUUAUUUCAGCUCCAGUUUCACUUUCGUCAUCGAGGAGCACUGCGAUUACGUCAUCAACCAGACUUUCCGUGCUGCUCAAGUUUACUUGCCGACCCUUCUCGCAGGUAUCUCCACCGGAAGUCUCCUCGUCAGUUCCAGCGACCUCAAGAACCCCACGGCUAAACCAAAUUUCGGGAUCCCGGUUAAAGCCAAAAUUACCGAUGAGUUCGAAGGGAUUCCUCUUGAAUGGACUCUUCACUCUGAAAAAGAUACUAUUCCUCCCCAGAACAGACAGAGACGGUACUUUCAUUUGACAUGUAAGAAGGAGUUUAAGGACAAGAUAAUGUCAGAUUACUUCACGUAUAUUGCUGAAUCAUCAGUGAAGAUAUUGGCAAACAGAGACAAUCUCAAGAUCCACAGUUACAAUCCAGAGUUCCAUGAAUGGGAAUCAACGAUCUUCCAACAUCACACAACGUUUGAAACACUGGCAAUGGAACCUGAGCUCAAGAACUCAUUGAUCUGUGACCUAGACGCUUUCUCCAAAAGAAAAGACUUCUUCAAAACCGUGGGACGAGCUUGGAAACGCGGUUAUCUUCUUCACGGUCCGCCUGGAACCGGGAAAUCAUCCCUUGUUGCUGCCAUUGCUAAUCACAUGAACUAUAAUAUCUAUGAUCUUCAGAUCCAGAGCGUUAAAGAUGAUGCGAUGCUUAGACAGAUCCUCACUAUGACUGAGAACCGCUCAAUCCUUCUCAUCGAAGAUCUUGAUUGUUCUGGAGCGGAUGCUUCUUGUAGAAACGAGGAUAAAGUUGACGAAGAACGUGGCCAGAAUCAGAACAAGGAGAAGAAGAAGAAGAAGAAGGAUCCUGAUCAGGUAACUUUGGCUGGUCUACUAAACUUUGUAGACGGGUUAUGGUCAAGCUGUGUAGAGGAACGGAUCAUCGUCUUCACGACCAAUCACAAGGAUAAACUCGAUCCCGCAUUGCUGAGACCAGGAAGGAUGGAUGUUCAUAUUCUCAUGGACUAUUGUACGCCUACUGUUUUCAAGAAACUCGCUGCAUUGUAUCUCGACGUCGAAGAACACGUUUUGUUUGAGCCCAUUGAGAAGGCGUUGCUUGAGGUGAAUGCAACUCCAGCUGAGGUCACAGAGCAGCUUAUGGUAAGCAUGAAUCCAGAUGUCACGCUUAAGGUUCUUGUUGAGUUUCUUCAAACCAAGAAGUUGACUAAGGAUAAUGACUCAGUAGAUUCUGAGAUUAAAGAAGCAGAAGCAUGAACCUUCAAGGAUCCAUGGAAGACUUGGAAGUAGUAGUUUACCACUAAAUAAGCUUCAAGGUAUAUGUGUAGUUAUGUAGCUCUCUCUCUAUAUAUGACUCUGUUUCAUAUUUGGGAUUUAUGGUUUAGUAAUUAAGUAGCUCUUCUUCAUCGAUGUAAUCUGCAAGCUUGGUUUAAGAAACUUACUAUUGGACUAAUACUAAAUUAAAAUUCAAAAAGA